AUGUCUCAACUCAAAAACAGCAGGGGUGUCCACACGGCACGCGUUGCUCUCCUCUACCAAGCCAUUGAGCCGCCAGCCAUCCAUGGAGUUCGCAAGCCCAUGAAGCCCGGUGACGGUUGCGCCGACAUCGCUUUCAACUUGAGCAGCCAACCUGGCGUCGACAUUGUGACACCCAUCGAUUCACCCGAUCCUCGAGAGCACGUCGGAUGGAGCUUUCCAGACUCGGAAGAUGGCAUGCUCGCGGCUCUGCAANAGGGAGCUACGCACCUGUUUGCCAACACGGUUGUCUUUGCGAACCAUCCACUUCAGACAUCAGCAAGAGUAGGAGAAUAUCAGGACAAAGUCAAGGUCGUUGGGCAUCCUCCAUGCAUGGUUGAGCUGCACGAUGACAAGCACUAUGUCAACGACAUGUUGCGCAAUUCUGGCAAGUUUACUCUGCCUCGUGGUUGCCUGUUCGAGGACGAUGGCACAGAUCUCGAUGCGAAGCUGCACUCGCUGGACCUUGGCUUUCCUAUUGUUGGCAAGCCAGUGAGAGGCCGAGGUAGUCACGGUGUCAAAGUCUGUCAAGACAUGGAAGAGCUGCGCGCUCAUGUCCAGUCGCUGUUCAAAGAGUCUCCAGCCAUCAUCCUCGAGGAAUAUCUCGCUGGCCAGGAAGCAACCGUCACCGUUCUGCCGCCUUCGGAUGAACAUCCGUCUCAUCGAGCACUUCCCAUCGUCACGCGCUUCAACCACACCAACGGUGUCGUUCCAUAUAACGGCAUUGUUGCUGUAACUGCCAAUUCCCGCGCUGUGACUGCCAAAGAAUACGCCGAAGAUCCUGCUUAUUCAGCCAUUGCGGCCGAAUGUGAGAGUGUCGCGAAAAUGUUGGGUGUCACUGCUCUUAUCCGGAUUGAUGUUCGUCGCUUCAAGGAAGAGCCUGGUUCCAAAUUCGCUCUUUUCGAUGUCAACUCAAAACCGAACAUGACUGGUCCUGGGCGCCCUGGAAGAGAGGAUCAGGCUAGUUUGAGUGCCAUCGCUGCUGCGGAGAUGGGAUGGGACUACCCAAGGCUGUUGUCGGAGAUGCUGCGAAGUGCUCAACCCCUGAGACGUCUGAGAGAAAUGCGACCGGACACUGUGUAG